AUGAAAGAAGCAGAAAAAAGAUUUGGAGUGGAUAUUAGUAAAACUAAAGCAGUAUUAUAAAUAGAUGCACAAAUUGGUCAAAAAGAAAAAAAGAAUUAGAGAUAAAAAUAAAUCAUCAAAUUAGUAUAUGUAGCUAAUCUAUGUAUGAUCUUGAAAGAUAAGAUUCCUUAAAAAGCUUUUCUGUUUAUUUAAAUAUAUUAAAUUUAGAUUCAUUCAUUUAGGGAUCUGACAAAUAAAUAACAAAAUGUAUCUUAUUUUUAUAAACAAUUUAAAAAUAAUAUAUUACUAAUAAUCUAUAUUACAUAUUAUCAAUAUAUCAAAGGGAACUAGAAAAAUAAAAAUUAGUUUAUAUGUAAUUGGAAUUAUAAGUAAUUAUAUCUAAAAUAAUACAUAGAAUUACUAAAAAUUAAAGUUUUAGAACAAAUUGUUUGA